AUGGUGAAUGCCGUGCAGCUUUCGGCACCAGCACAGGACGACAGUGCAAACGUUGUUUUUGCAACGCCUGCGCCCACAACAUUUGCUCCGACCCCUGCACCGACCAACUUCAGUGAUCCAACAUUGACCCCUACGGCGGCACCGACGGGGCGUGCCGGCCUUACGCCAAAGAAAACAUCUUCCAAUGGUGACGAUGCAACACAAUCGACCAAAUCUGCAGGUACUGUAGGGACUGCGUACUCAACCGAAGGCACGGUCGGGGUAGCGUACGUUACUACACGAGCGGAAUAUGAAGCUGAGAAGAAUGCCAGCAACGACUCUGGCAGCAGCGUUACGAUCCCUAUUGUGAUCAUUGGCUGCUUGGUCGGAGUGCUCGCUGUGGUGGCUGCUGGUGUGGCUAGGAGGAAGCGUAAGGCGGUCGUUGUAGAAGAAGGAAAUGACGAAACGAACUACUCUAAUUCUGUCCACACACCCGUCGCGGCCAAGACAAAAAACUUCCGUGCUAUUUACACACCCGACGCGGCAGAGCACGAGACGGAGUGCUCUGACGCCAUCAACGGACAUGGCGUGUAA